ACCUCCUCACACAUUACAAGUAUAUAUAAAGAGAUCUCCCUCCAAACAAAAAAAAAAAAAAAACAGAGGAGAAGAGUUCCCAAGUUAUAGAAAAUUCCAACCUUGUUUUUUGUGUUCUUCCUCACUCUCUUCAUCCCAAUUGAAGUGAUGGUGGACACUGAGGAUGUUCCAUCAGCACCAUCCACUCCUGUGACCCCAGGCACUCCUGGGGCCCCACUCUUUGGUGGUUUCAAGGCAGAGAGGAGUGUAAAUGGUAGAAGGUCCCUUCUCAAAAGCUGCAAGUGUUUUAGUGAUGCAUGGGCAAUGGAAGAAGGAAGCCUCGGCACCGCCUGUGCAUUGCCGCCCUCUCAGAUCUCACUUGCAAGAAAGGUGGGUGCAGAAUUCAUUGGCACACUGAUACUCAUCUUUUCAGGGGCAGCAACAGGCAUUGUGAAUCAGAAGACACAAGGGUCAGUUACGCUUCUUGGGUUAGCCGCCUCUACUGGCAUAGCUGUGAUGAUAGUCAUACUCUCAGUUGGCCACAUCUCUGGGGCCCACCUCAACCCAUCAGUGACCAUUGCCUUUGCAGCUCUCAGGCACUUCCCAUGGAAACAGGUGCCCAUGUACAUUGGUGCACAGGUGGUGGCUUCCAUCUGUGCUGCAUUUGCACUCAAGGGGAUAUUUCAUCCGUUCAUGGGGGGAGGGGUGACUGUCCCCACAGGAAGCUACGGCCAGGCCUUUGCUUUGGAGUUCAUCGUCACCUUCAAUCUCAUGUUCGUGGUCACUGCAGUUGCCACUGACACAAGAGCUGUAGGUGAGCUGGCAGGGAUUGCAGUGGGGGCGACUGUAAUGCUCAACAUACUCAUUGCCGGGGAAAGCACUGGAGCUUCCAUGAACCCAGUAAGGACUCUGGGGCCAGCCAUAGCUGCAAACAACUACAAGGCCAUUUGGGUCUACUUCACAGCCCCUGUUCUUGGCGCACUCUGCGGGGCAGGUGCCUACACAGCUGUCAAACUGCCAGAAGAAGAAACCCAAGAAAGGCCAUCACCAGUACGGAGCUUGAGACGUAACAAGGGCAUUGAUAUGCUCUCCCCUUAAUAAGUUAAUAAUCCAAGCUUGGUUGAAAGAUAACGCAGUUGUCCUUAGGUAAUAAAGGCAAAAAAUACUUAAAAAUAAAAAAAAAUAGUUUACAAGGAUUACAUGUGCACCUUAUAUGUUAUAGAGAAAUUAUCAAUACGUAGCCAUAUAUGUAAACUUUCAAUUCAUCCAUUUCUUCCUCACCAGCAUGUCGCAGGUGUAGAACAUCCCACCUUUGAAAAGGUGGGCCACAACGGGAUGAUCACCUGUUAUGAAAAUCAUGGAGGGUCCACCUCCAAGAGGGACCCAAUCAAAAUCAUUAGACAGUUGCUUGUGUGACUUAUCCAAUAAGUUGAUUAACCUGAUUUUCCUACCAAGUGAUCAUCAUAGCUAGUGCGGCCCACCUUUCUUAUGGAUGGCAAAUUCUACAUAUGUGGCAUGUUGGCAUGAAAGAAAAGGCUAUGAUCAAAGACUGGUGUGUGAUCGUAUCUCAUAAAUAAAAGGGAGUGAUAUCCAGACCCUCCUUUCUU